AAUGAUAUGAACAAAAAAGAAUUACUUGAUUUUUGGGAACAAAUCUUUAUGGACAAAAAAAUUAUAAAUAUUGAUAAUAUGCUUAUGGAUCCUCGUCCAAACUUAUAUAACAUCUCAGGAAAUUAUUUAAACCUCCAAUUCCCUUUUUCUUCAUAUUUUAUGGAACAGAUUGAUCAGCAUAAAAAACUUUAUAAUGAAGAAUUAAUUCUCCUAUAUGAGCAACCCGAAAAUUUAGAUGAGAAUGAGAAUUUACGCUCAGAAAAAAUGAAAGCAUUUCUUAAAAAAUUUUCAAAUAAUAUUCUGGCAAUGAUUCCAGCUUUGACUCCAACAAUACUUCAACUUGCUGGUAACUUGUAUUUUAAAGAUUUUGUAACGACUUCAUCUACAAAUUCUGGAUAUUCGAACGAAUCUGAUAAUGAACGUUUUGGAAUUCAUUUAAUAGACCAAGUAUGUAAAAUGAUGCUUGAAAAUAUCAUUAAAUUAAAAAAUGAAAACGUUAAUGAUAACAUUACUGCAAAUGACUUACGAGAAUGGCAACGACAAGUUACUAAUGUUUUAACAUUAUGUGCAAAUAUUGAAACAUCUUCAAAAUUAAAAGCUCUACAAUUUUUACGCAUCUCGGACACAGAACCUGUGAUGUUUAAUGAAGAAAUAGAAAAUAUUGAGGAGGUGAUUGAUGAAAUUAAUCUAGCCAUGGAACGCCCGUCAUUUCUUAUUC